AUGUCGGGCAACACAUUCGGGCAAUUACUGCGGAUCACCACGGCGGGGGAGAGUCACGGCCCCGGCAACGUGGUGAUUCUCGACGGUGUGCCGGCGGGGCUGGAGCUGUCGGAGGAAGAUCUGAUCCCCGACCUCGAGCGCCGCCGUCCUGGGCAAUCGAGCCUUACCACCCAGCGUCAAGAGGACGACCGGCCGCGGAUCCUCUCUGGGGUCUUCGAAGGGCGCACCACCGGUACCUCGAUCGCCAUCUUGAUCGAGAACACUGAUCAGCGACCGCGCGACUAUAAAGAAAUUCGCGACAAGUACCGGCCCGGCCAUGCCGACUAUACGUUUGACGCCAAAUACGGCUUUCGCGACUACCGUGGUGGCGGUCGUUCUAGCGCUCGCGAGACCUCGGUGCGGGUGGCCGCCGGGGCGGUGGCCAAGAAGCUGCUCGCCGAGGCCCACGGAAUCCGGGUGGUGGGUUAUGUGCGACAGGUCGGCGACGUGGUCGCCGAGAUCACCGAGCCUGCCGCUGUGACUCUGGAACAGGUCGAGGCGACGCCGGUGCGUUGCCCCAACCCGGACGCCGCCGCCCGCAUGAUCGAGCUCAUCGAGCGCCUGCGCGGCGAGCGCGACUCGAUCGGCGGCGUGGCCGAGAUCGUCGCCAGUGGCGUGCCCGCCGGUUGGGGCGAGCCGGUGUUCGACAAGCUCAAGGCCGACUUCGGCAAGGCGCUGUUCAGCCUGCCGGCGGUGUUGGGGGUCGAGUACGGCGCCGGCUUCGCCGUCGCCUCGGCGCGCGGCAGCGAGAACAACGAUCCCUUCGUACCGGCGCCGGAUGGCAUUACCACGGCCUCCAACCGCCACGGCGGCAUGCUCGGCGGCAUUUCCACCGGUCUGCCCAUCGUGCUGCGAGCGGCGCUCAAACCGACCAGCUCGAUCCCCCGCCAGCAAGACACCGUCAACCGCUCGGGAGAGGCCACCACCCUGACCGUCAAAGGUCGGCAUGACCCCUGCUUACUGCCGCGCUUCAUUCCAUGCGAAGCGAUGGUCGCCCUGGUGCUGGCCGAUCACAUGUUGCGGCAGCGGACGCAGGGUGAGUAA